AUGUGGGAGCUGGUCUUUCUAUUGGCUGCAUGGCUGGUCCAUGCCCCGACUAUCAGCAAUGGUCAAUCCUUGGAGCCAUCCACUUCUUCUGAAAUCGAAUUUAUGUUUGAAAAGAUGGCCGAAGAAAUGCUUUCAUCCAUAAGUGCAGCAUUUUCAAGGUCUCCUACCCGCUCGAAAAGAGAACUUGCGUUUGACCCUAAAGUAUCCCUUGUUGACGACACAGACCUUAUGACCGAUAUUUACAUGGCGUUUACUUUAGGAGUCUUCAGACUACAGAGCGUUACACCAGUACAAAGGCUUUGUUCUCCAGCUGUUUUUUCAACGUUUCUGGACAUUGCGAAUAACACAUACUGUAUUUGCGUAUCUUCUGAAACAGAAUAUUCCUUUGCUUCUGUGACAGUAGGAAUCUAUAAGGAUCGUUCAUGGAUGCCAAUUAAAGAAUGGGCUGUUGGAAGAGCUGAGACUGCUGCAAUGUUUUACUACAAUCAACUCCUGUACGUUCUUGCAGCUGAUACUGUAAGAGAUGGAAUAGAUCUGCUGAGAAUAGAUUUAAGGACUGGUGAUAAAGACUUGGUUAAUACUAUACCCGGCAAAUAUCCGUCUAAGGUGUCUAUCUGGACCAUGAAAAAAGACGGUAAACAUCACAUGGCGGUAGCGAGUUUCAUUCCAUCCGAUGACUCUGUCUUCACUUCACAAAUUUCUCUUUACGAAUGGAAAGAGACUUAUUUCGACCAGUACUCCUCGAUUCAAGCUUACGAAGUGAAAGAUCUAGAACCUUUUCACAUACAUGGACAUGCGUAUUUAGCAGUCGCAAAUUUUCGGAGAACAUUAGAUCAAGUGGAAGUAGAUUCAGAAAUUUUCAAGUACGAUUUAGACGAAAAUGUGUGGACUUCAUACCAGAAGAUCCGAACCUAUGGUGCCAUGGAUUGGGAGUACUUUACCCUUGGAGUUAGCUAUGGGCAAGAAUUUUUCUUAGCAGUUGCAAACUUUGGUGGCCUAGGUUCUUCCGAAGCUAAAUCGAUGAUUUAUAAAUUUGUGAAAGAUAAAUUUGUUCCAUUCCAAUGCAUCUCGACAGUUUCUGCUACUUCUAUUGCCUCUUUGAAGAUGGAUUCUGCCUUUCUUCUCGCAGUUGCAUGUUACAACGACGCAGUCUAUCUUUAUCAGUACGACGGAUGGCGGUUUGUGAGAACCAGUAUCCAAUACACUCAAGGAACAAUGUCUUAUGGAACCAUCCACUUGAAGUUUCACAGUACUUUGCACCAAUUGGAAAAUAAAGCAAUUCUAAGUGUAAGUAACCCAUACCAUCCAGCAGAUCUAACAGUUUAUGAAAUUGGAUUUGCUUAUGAGAACAGGCUUCAAGCUUGGCACGAUAAAAGUUCAGAGUGGUGUUUGAAGACUUUAACAAAAUUGGAAGAGAAUUCGAUUGAAUCCGCUGCAAGUGCCUUGAGCGAUGUGAUCUUCGUAGAUCAGCCUUCAGUUACAGUUGAUGGGAACAUCAUAUUUGAAAAUGGCUUUGAAGCCAACAGGUUAACAACUCCUCAUCUAAAGGAAAUAAUUACUGAAGAAGUAUACAACGGAAGCUUGUUGUUGAAGUUGGACGAAUUAAGACAAAGACUUGAGGCAAUUGAUACGAAGUUGAAAGGUUUCACGGAUGUUGUAGACCAUGCUUUCAGGCUUGAUGGUGAUCAAUCUGUUCAAGAUACGCUUGAAUUUCAAGAUGUCAUUUUCGAUUGUAUGAACCAUAAAUGUCAGUUUGAUGAAAUAAAGACUACUUUCCUGAACGGAGAGGAUAUAAGAGAUUGGAAAAAUCAAUUGGUUUUCCUUGAUGGUCGGCAGCCUAUUAGUGGAACUCUUUUUGCUGAAAAUGUUGAUGCGAGGAGCGUUAUUGUUAAAGGUUUAAUUGAUGGAAUAAAUACUGAUAAUUUAGUGACAAAAACUGGAACACAUGUAAUAACUGCGGAAAAGAUAUUUAAGGGCUCCUUUACUGCAAAUAAUGUGGAAGUCACUGGACUAGUUGAUGGUAUUAAGAUUUCUCUUGAUAAUAUUUUGUUGACGAGUGGACAUCAAACUAUUACAGGCAACUUAACUUUUGAGGAUAUUGAUACAACGUGGCUAGAAGCUGAACUUGUAAACGGUGUGGAUUUAUCAAAGUUCUUGAAUGAUAUUGUUCUCAUGGAUAAAGCAUACACAAUAACUGGUUCCAAAGUAUUUGGCGAUGUAGUUAUCUACGAUUUGACUAUGGUACCUGGAUCUACCAUAAAUGGAAUAAACAUAGUCGAUCUGUGGGCUAAUGUAUUUUGGAAAGAUGGUAGUCAAGAAAUUAAAGCUCCAAUGCAGUUUUCAACAGUGUCAUUCGACAAAAACCUGCAAGUUACUGGAAGCAUUAAUGGACUACAAAUACCUGGUCCUAGAGUCGUCGACAUAACUCGUAAUGUUGAGAUAUCAGCGCCUCAAGAGUUUUCUGCUCCAACAAAAAUGGUCCAAUUAAAUGUGCUGAGCUCCUUAAACGGACUUGGAGUGAUACCUACUACAGGAACUCUUCCGCAGCUCGAUAUAAUGUUGAAAGUUGGUGAUCAGUUGGUUACAGGUAAAAAAACAUUGCAAACAAUCCACUUGGAUGCUGAUAGCUAUGUUAAAGGCACUGUGGAUGGAGUUGAUCUUUCAGAGCUCAAACUUAUGGUAUUGCGCCGCAAUGAACCAGUGGCUUCAAAUAGUACAUGGACAUUCAACCAUUUGGUUGUCAAUGGUCCCCUUACAGUAAAAGGCCGUAUUUCGGGCAUAGACAUCGAUGAUAUAUUUAACAGAGCUUUGUUGUUGAACGAGACGAUGCUUCCUGACAUGCGGUUUGAAGAUGUUGUGCAUAUUAAAGAUCUUAAAAGUGAUGACAUCAACGGCGUAAACAUUAGGAGAGAUUUAGUUUUGAAGAAUGAACCGCAGUCCAUUACUGGGGACAAGACUUUCGAAAACGUAUUUUUGGAAGAAGACAGUGUAGUGAGAGGUUUAGUAAACAAUCAAAACUUCAGCUUCUUGAAUGAUACUCUAUUCAAAAUUGGAAAUCAAGCUAUUAAAUCAAAAGUUUUCAACAAAAACGUAGCAAUGAAGGGUCUCACUGUUACUGGAUCCAUUAAUGGCAUUCCUUUUGAUCAAUUUGUAACUCUGACAGAUAACCAAACUAUUUCGGGUGUAAGAUACUUCAAAAAUGUGACGUUUGAAGAGCUGGACGCUAAUGGUGUAGAAAUCACGGGAAAAGUCAAUGGAAUAGAUAUUGAUGAAAUGAUUAAGGACACAAUGACCUACGAAGGUGUGCAGACCGUAACUGGAAGAAAAACUGUAAAAGGCACGAUACACGUUCCUUCUGGAGUCAAUUUAGAAACGAAUGAUCUCAAUGGAGUCGAUUUGGAUGAGUUAUGGAAUGAUGCAGUGCUUCUGGACGUACCACAGCAAAUUUCUGGAAAAAAAACUUUCGCAGAUUUAGUAACUUUUGAUGACCUAUCAUUCCAGUCAACAAUUGAUGGAGUUACAGAAUGGGAUAUAAAAUACAACUGGAUGUUGAGUGAUAUUCCUCAAUUGAUACAGGGUAACGUACUAUUUGCAAAUGGACUCUCGGCUGAAAAUGUUAAUGCUAAUUUGAUCAAUGGCAUAGACAUAAUUGAAUUAAAUUCGUCAAUAGUAAAAACAAACGAACCUGCUGUGAUCGAAGGUCCCGUUGUAUUUGAUAAUGUGGUAUAUUCAACUGGGGAUGUUACCUUAUCCGGAAAAAUUCAAGGUGUAGACCUUUCAGAAGAGGCUGUAUUAAAGACUGGAAAUGUUAUUCUAACCGGAAAGAAGAGAUUCACUCAAGACCUUGUUAUUAAUGGCGAUGCUUCCGUUGAUGGUUUAGUUGAUGGAGUCUCAAUUGCAGAUUUAUGCGAAAAUACUUUGGUUGCAAAUAACGAGAGAACAAUAGAACGUUUGACUAUUAAAGGAGAUGUCGUGCUCUCGGAUGACGUUGAAAUUGGAGGAGAUAUAGCCGGAGUUAAUUUUAAAGAGCUUCAAGAGCUGGCUGUUAUGAAGAAUAGCUCACUCAUAGAAUUCUCCGGGCUGAAAACUUUCCAGAAUGUCACUUUAGAUGGGGUAAUAAGACUCGAAGGCAAGCUUGGAGGUGUUGAUUUGAACUUGCUUAAUCAAACUUACAUGAGUUUAACUCGAGAUCAAGAAAUCCCUGCUCAAAUGGACUUUAAUGAGCUUUCGGUUACUGGUACCUUGGCGGUGAAAGACUUUACUACUGCGGAUGGAAGAAUAAACGGAAUUGACAUGAAAAGUCUUAAUGAAAGGAUUCUGAAAAAUGAUGGCUCACAGAUUAUUAAUGCUACAUACUACUUUGAUGAAGUCGUUUUCUUGGAUGACGUAUUUGUAGCGGGAAAAGUAAAUGGUCUUGACAUUCCAAGUGGUUUGAUGCGAAAGAAUCAUGCUAAUUACAUUCAGAGUCCCAAAAUAUUUCAUGAAGUUCUUACAGUGACGGGAGACUUGAAUAUGGAUGAAGGGAAAACGAUCCAAAACGUUGAUGUUUCAAAAUGGAAGGAAAUGACAGUCAUGAAGGAUGGGGGUUCUUUUAAUGUUGCCGGAAUCAAGACUUUCAACGAAUUGAUUAUUAACGAUGCGAGAGUUGAAGGUCUUGUUGACGGAUUAAAGAUUUCCGAUGAAAGCUUGCUGAUGACCUAUGGCGACCAAACUGUUACAGGAACGAAAACUAUAUUCGGAGAUGUAGAAAUGAAGAGAUCCCUUACAGUAGCUGGACUUGUAAACGGAACCAAUAUUGAUGAAUUAGCAGCUUCAACCCUCCAACGAAAUCGAAACAAUACUGUCACAGGAUUGAAGUACUUUUCUCAGCCCCUUGUCAUUAAUUCUCUUCAAGCACCAUCAGUCUCUGGAAUAAAUGUUGCAGAACUUCAAAGCAAAGUGCAUAGAACUCUCGAUGCCACUGCCCUCCAGAAUCGACUCGACGAAUUGGAAGGGGUUGUUGCGAAUAUGCAGGAAGCAUUUGCCAAUCAAGCCAUAGUGUUCCAGUACUACGAAACCUUUCAAGUUUUUGCCAUACCCACUGCGUAUAAAUGGAAGUAUGUCGCUGGAGAGGAUGUUGGAGAACUUCUUCUAUUAGCAGAUUUUUCCAGCUCGAAAGCUCAGUGUACAAGCAUCCGUAUUUUCUCGUACUUUCAAAUGGAUGAUUCCUUUGUACCUAUAGCAGGCGAAUUAACAGCUUCACAUGCUGUGUCGAUGCAGAGCGUUUUUGCUUGGGGUAGAACUUACCUAUUUGUAGCCAAUCAAGUUCCGGAACUCAGCUGUUCCAAUACGGAGUACUCUGCAGGUCUCGGAAAUGCCACAGGAGACAUCUACAUAUGGCAAGAUAAUAGAUUUGAACGUUUUGACACUUUGCGAGUUGCUUCAGCGAUUGAUAUGGUAGCAUUUUACGAUGGCACUCGACUAUGUGUGGUGUACAUUGAAAUGCAAAAUGUCGAUGUUUAUUGCUCAAGUGGAAAGCAAGAAAAAUUUGUAAAGCGAGAAACUUUGCAAACCAAAGGUGGGCGAAAGGUAUCUAUCGUGAAAUAUGGAAAUCGAAUUGCUUUGGCAGUUAUUGCGGAAGAUGUUUUCAGCACGAGACAGUACUACGCAGAAAAUCGGCGGUCAGUGGAAAUCUACUUUUGGGAUGCCGAAAUGGCUACAUUCUCCAGUUCAGUGCAAACUAUCAUGUCAACAUUUGCCCAAUCAGUAUCGUUUAUUCAACAUAUGGAUGAAUACGGAUCGCAACUGUUUCUUGCGAUAUCAGAAGGAAGCAUUCCGAAGAUCCAUAACGAACCAAAAAUUCAAAUUUAUAGAUAUGAUGUCCUGAAUAGUCGACCAUUCCAAAUGUAUCAAGGACUAGAGGAUUCUGGAGAGCUUGAAUGUCUCACUUUAUCAACAAAGGAAGUGCUGCUGUACGUGCUGAGCUCUAGGAACGGAAAAGCAAAUAUUUAUCAAUUCAAAGGAGCGUCUGGUUUUGUUAAAAUCGAUGCCAUAAUAGCGAUUGGUUCAGUUAACAUUCAUCCAUUCAUCCGUCAAGAUCCCGCAGACAGAAUAAAUCACUACGUUGCACUUGUUGGACCGCAUGCAGCCAUGGCUCAACCUACGCAAGGGGUGGAUUAUGCUAAAAUUCUCAAAUCGAAGAUGAAAGGAAUCAUUCCAUUUUUAAACUAUAUUUAA